AUGGCGAAAGAUCCUCCAGAGCAAUCGCAGCAACCGCAGCUACCGAGCAGCUCCGGCGUAACAGUUUCGAACGCAUUGACAGGCGUGACGGGGACUGUUGGCGCCGUGGUCGGUGGAGUUACGAGAACAACUGGUGGUCUUAUUGCUGCCGUAGGGCGAGGGGCUGGAGGCACAUUCAAUAAUGCGACCAAGACAGAGCCAGUCGGCAACGGUAUCCAAGCAGUCACGGACGGUUUCAACUACGGCGCCUCAGCAGUCUCAAGAGGUCUGGAAGACUUGAGUGCUGGAAAGAAGCCGGGAAGUACAGACUCAACAUGGGACCAUCGUUGA